AAGGGGGCCAGGGGGGCUUGCAUUCCUAUGGGGGUCUGCACUGUGCAGGAGCAGGACUCCAUGUGACUACUUAUUAAUCACAGCUUAUAAUGAAUGUCAAGGUGGUGAUAGAGGCACACAAACUGGUUUCUCCAAGUUGAAUGACCUACAUAAGCAUACAUCUCAGCUCACAGCCAGACACCCACAGAUGAUAACCAACUUAAUCAGAAUUCAAAUAUUCUAAGUCACUCACACUUCCUCUACACAUCUUUUUUUGUCCCCCUGAGUGUUCCCACUUUAAAAAGUGUACAAAUCUUUGUAGAAGAAAGAAGUAAUCCAUCUUUUCUCCUAAAUGAGCUUCAUUCAAUACUUUUAAAUAAAAUCAGAGGCCACUGACUCUUUUGAUAUUUAAAUUGUCUGCAGUUAAAGUUUGAAAGGAUGAACUUUUAGUUUAAAAAAAUUCUGACUUUAGUUUAUUACAGGUUUUUUUUUUUUUGGUGGUAAUUUUACCUGUUCAGUUAGCAUGGUGCGAGCUCGUAAAUUUGUGAAGAUCAAGUGCGAGAAGUGAAAAAGAGGGAUAGAGAGGGAAGAGGGGAAGCGAUGAAAUAUCCCUUCUUGAUUUUGGUUUACUCCAUUGUUUGUCAGGGCCGCGGCAUAAAUUUACCGACUAUACCAGAGAUACAACACCCUCCUGUACCAGAAGAUGCUCAGAUUGGAUUCACAGCAGAGGAUGCUGAAAAACUUCUUGCUGACCCAGAGAUCGAUCCAGAGGUCAGACCUGGACUCUUUCAGGGAGAUAUGGCCAUCAAUGAUGAGACUUACGGAGAUUGGCGAGUUGGCUUACGAUGGGAUGUUUUCCCAGACAAACUGUGGAAGAAUAGAACAGUGCCAUAUGUUAUCAGCCCACUUUAUGAGACCGAACAUUACAUCACUAUCUACAAGGCGAUAACAACUAUUAACCAUAUGACUUGCAUCAAAUUUCGGCCAUGGGAUGGAAAGGCUAAAGAUUACCUUCUAAUCUGGCCAAUCAAAUAUCCUAGAGGAUGCUGGUCAUAUGUUGGUAAAAACGGAGGCGCCCAAAUUGUAUCUCUGCAGCCGCCUGAUGAUACAGGACCCAACUGUUUAGGUGGAGAAGGACGACCAAUCCAUGAGUUGAUGCAUGCCUUAGGAGUUUUCCAUGAGCAGUCACGAGCUGACCGAGACAAAUUUAUCAAAGUUCACUUGGAAAAUGUUAUACCAGAAUUUAAAUCAAAUUUUGACAAGCAAAGUUUGGCUAAUACCACCUACCAAUUUGAAUAUGACUUUGAUAGUAUCAUGCACUAUGGAAAAAACUUUUUCAGCAUUGGAAAAGGCAAACCAACAAUAACAGCUAAGUAUCCGGCCGAGAGACUGGGACAAAGAAAAAUGAUGAGUAAGACUGACUGCUUAAAGCUUAACGAUUUGUAUGGCUGUUUAGGCAAAGCACCUAGAUACAAUCGUAGAUACUAUACGAUUUGCAACAUAAUGGGAUUAUAAAGCUAACCAAUUCAAAGUUUCAUUGUUCAGGGCGAUUUAUACGAAUUAAUAAAGACUAAUUCAUAGUUAUUGUAGUUCUUGAAAGGAGUCAAUGUUCACAAAAAAAUUUAUCUUGUAAUAUUUGUUACAUAUCACCGAAGAAACUCCAGAACCACAUGA